AUGGCUUCUAAUGUCCGCAAAAAGCAGGAGGAGGAGAAUAAUUUGAAGACAUUGAGAGAAAUCGUGGCGCUACUCCACAACAAACAUUGUUUCGAUUGUAAUCAGAGGGGUCCAACGUAUGUUAACAUGAUGAUUGGCUCGUUUGUGUGUACAGCCUGUAGUGGACUGCUACGUGGCUUGAACCCUCCCCACCGUGUUAAAUCCAUAUCUAUGGCUAGUUUCUCAAAUGAUGAGAUGGAGUUUAUCAAAUCAAGAGGAAAUGAGUUUUGCAGAAAAGUUUGGUUAGGCUUAUAUGAUGGUCGAAUUCCCAUGGAUGUCGACACAAAAGACGAAGGAAGAAUGAAAGAUCUGAUGUGCCAGAGGUAUGAGAAGAAGAGAUGGUAUGUUCAUCCUACUGAUUCCCUGUUCGAAGAGUGUCGAAGGAUGAAUACGGUGGGGAGACAACAGCAGACAUCACACAAUGCAAAACCACUUUCAUCUUUAGUGGCUGGCUUACCUCAUGUUUCUAACUAUAAUCCUGUCUGUUUGUUUGUUUUUGAAGAAUUUUUUUCUAUAUUAUUUUUUUAA